AUGUCUCGUACUCCCCAGCCAUGGAUGGUGACAGUCGUGUCCUCUUCAUCUCUCGACACGGAUCCUUCGUUCCUCAUCACAUUCGCUGAUGCGAAAUACCUGUUCAAUUGCCCGACGAAUUCGACGAGAAUGAUGCUCAAGGGAAAGUUUGGCCUCAGCAAGUUUCGAGCUAUCUUUCUCUCAAGGAUAGCGACGGAGUGUUCUGCCGGAUUCCCAGGAUUCACGAUGACUCUUGCCGAUAGCGGGACUAAAGAACUGGAGGUCCAUGGGCCUCCUGGACUCUCCCACUUUGUUGCAUCGACCAGAUUCUACUUGCAAAGGGAUAACCUCAAGGGCCACAUAAAGGAAACGAAUACUGCAACCGAUAAUCCAGUCUAUAAAGAUGAAAAUCUAACCGUGAUCGCAAUUCCAGUCACAGUCGAUGGGUCGUCGUUGUCCGUGCCAAGCUCGCCUGCAUCACUGAAGAGGAAACGAUCAGAUUCGCCAGAGGGUACCCCUGCAUCCAAACGGUCUAGCAUCGAUAACCGUGCGGAGGCGCGCAGACCUUCACCAAACCUGGAGAUUAAAGCUCUUCGCAACGAUCCAGCAGCAUGGCGAGAUUUUGUGAUCAGUCGUAUACUUCCGGGGUCUCAAGGUACAUCGUUAUAUCGCGAAAAGCAGGCGACUAUCCAAGAGAUUAAGAAACGGCUCCCGACUUGGACUCAUAGAAGAGUGGUCAAUAGCUAUCUGAUCAUCGGCCCAGAGUUUCGCGGGAAGUUUAAUGUCAAGCUCGCAGAGGCUUUGGGCGUCCCACCUGGACCAAACCGCGCCAAACUGACGAGGGGAGAGUCAGUCACGCUGAGCGACGGCAGAGUUAUAACACCAGACAUGGUCAUUGGCGAAUCGAGUCGAGCAGCUAGUCUACUUGUUGUAGACUGUCCUGGAACCGACUACAUUGAACCCUUUAUUCAGUCGAAACAGAUUCAAAACAUUCGAAGCAAUGGACAAAACCAGCUUCACUGUGUUUUUCAUAUGGCCCCUUUGGAGGUCUUACAAGACACGCGGUAUGCGGAUUGGAUCAAAUCACUCGGCCCAGAAGUACAUCAUAUCAUAUCGAACCAUGACAUUUGUUCCAACGCCGUCAACUUUGUAGGAUCUGCAGCUAUGCAGGACCGGCUCAGUGAACUUGACAAAGAACUCUUCCGUGUUCCCUACUCAGACAAAGUAGACGGUGCUCUGCUACUAUCUAAGCUAGACCUCGGGCCAAACGUUCAUAUCGCUAGGAAUCAAGUAAUCGGAAUGCGACCCCUGACAUCACCAGUCGCGCCAUACGAGGAAGGGUUAGACCUAGCGGAAGCGAUAGCUUCGUUACCCAAGGCAACCGACAAGACCUUGUUCGAGGGUGUCAGAGAAAAAAUUCUUGCAGAAAUCCCCAGCACAAUACCUUGCCCAGGAGAUGAUGUUACAUUGACCUUUCUGGGAACUGGAAGUGCAGUACCAGGAAAGUAUAGAAACGUGAGUGGCGCGCUCGUGACAAUUCCAGGCCACGGAAAUGUGCUGCUUGAUUGCGGCGAAGGAACACUGGGCCAACUGCGGCGACAUUUUGGAACGGAUGUCAACGACGUUCUGCGCAACAUUAAAUGCAUCUUUAUCUCUCAUAUUCAUGCCGAUCAUCACAUGGGUAUCUGCCAGUUGCUCCUGGAGAGGCGCAAGCUUUCAUCCCCCAAAAUUCCGGACCUAUUUGUCAUAUGUACUUGGACCACGAUGGUCUACAUUCAGGAGUACUCGGAGAUCGAAGAUAUUGGGCUUGACGCUGUUCGGUUUCUUCUCGCCCCAGAGAUAGAAUAUCGAAAGAUUAGCAAUACGGCGACACUCGACACGGUCUUGACUAUCAACGAGCUACGAGCAACUUUGGGAUUAGGCUCGGUGCAAACUGCAGCUGUAAUUCAUCGCACACCAGCCUUUGGACUUGUCUUACGGCAUAAAGAUGGGUGGAGUCUUACGUACUCAGGUGAUACAACGCCUUGUCAAAAUCUCGCCGAUGCUGGGAAAGGAUCCACUCUUCUCAUUCAUGAAGCUACCAUGAGUGAUGAACAGGAGGAAAUGGCAGAACAAAAGGGUCACAGCACAGUUGGGCAGGCAUGCGAGAUUGCAAAGAGGAUGGAAGCCAAAAAGCUUAUACUUACUCAUUUCUCCUCGCGCUAUCCAAAGCUUCCUGUGCUUGGAAAUAACGCUCGAGACGGCAAAACACGGAGUGACGCAGUCACAUCGCCAGAAGUAUUUGUUGCCUUUGAUUUCCUACACAUUCGACUGGGCGAUAUGGCAAGAGCUGAGAGAUACAUUCCGAAUCUCGAAGUUGCUUUCUCAGAAAUUCAGGAUGAUGAGGAGCUUCCCUCACACGAUGAUUGA